ACCUGGAAAAUUACUACAACCUUGCAAAAGAUACCAAACCAUUUGUUAGAAGAAGGGACGGUGGUCCUGUUGUUGAAAAACUCCGAGAAAUGCAGAAGUUCCUCGGGCUGGAGGUGACGGGGAAGCUGGACUCGGACACUCUGGAGAUGAUGCACAAGCCCAGGUGUGGGGUCCCCGAUGUCGGCGACUUCACCACCUUCCCUGGCAUGCCGAGGUGGAGGAAAACACACCUUACUUACAGGAUUAUGAAUUAUACGCUGGAUUUGCCAAGAGACGCUGUUGAUUCUGCCAUUGAGAAAGCUCUGAGCCUCUGGGAGGAGGUGACUCCACUGACUUUCUCCAAGGCUGACGACGGAGAGGCUGACAUAAAGAUCUUAUUUGCAGUUAGAG